AUGGAGAACCGGUCGGAUGACAGCGGGAACUGUUGUUAUCACCGGGGGAAUCCUAGCAACGGUGAUCCUACUGUGCAUCAUCGCUGUGCUCUGCUACUGUAGGCUACAAUACUACUGCUGCAAGAAAAAUGACUCCAAUGAGGAAGAGGAGGAGGAGGAGGAGGAGGAGGAGGAGGAAGAGGAAGAGCCCGACCUGCCCGCGCACUCGCACCUCGUCAUGUGCAACGCCUGCAGCUCCCGCAUGGCGGACGGGCAGGGCAGCCCCGCUCCUCCGCCCGGCGAGCUCAACCAGCACGGGGCUCACACCUACUGCCCCACCUGCUCCCCGUACGGCUCCCCCUUUUACAUCCGGACUGCCGACAUGGUGCGCAACGGGGGCGAGCGGGUCGCCUACACCCCGGCACGCUACMAGGAGAUGGGGCCGCCCCUCAGCAUGGCCGCCCUGCAAGGCUACACGCUGAGCCGCCACGGGCUGCUCCGCGACGGCUUCCCGAACCCGCGGGCCAUCAGCACCGACGUGUAAUGAGCACARGGUGUCCCCGGCCGCCGCCCGCUCCAGGGAAGGGGCUUUUCGCUGUCUUUGAGGAGAGGAGCCCUGAGGGCGGCGCGGUCCUUGGAGCUGCCCGGCACGGCCAGAAGGCGAGCGAGACCUCGAAGGGCGACGUCGGACCGGCCGCCUCCGAACCCAUCAUAAGUGUCAUUAUUAUCUACUCUCUCUCCCAAAGGGACUUUCUAACGAGGGCUAUGUACAGAACAACCUAAUUUAAUUACCCCGAGCUCCCCUGGCCCCCCGAGCCCAGCGAGGCCUUCAUGUCCCCACGUAGCCACCCAAGGUGAUGCCCGGUGCCUGUGGCACACAGAGCGAUCUGAUCCACCAUCAGCCGCUGUCCCGGGUGAAACCCGGUGCCAGGCAGGGCAUGGCAGCGCUCCUCAGCGAUGGGGAAUGAAAAGGGAUGGUCCAGGUCAUCCUGCUUCCCUCGCACUGCAUUAGUCAGCAUUUCUGUUCGAGUGUAAGGUGGGGCACCAUCUCCCACCUGCUUGGGUCUUUCGCACAUGCUGAAGAAGUUCAGGGCACAAAUUUAGGUCACUGCCGGGGGAGGCAAAGUUCCUCACGAAAGCACUCACCCACGCCAACAGGCACAGGUCRAUCUUCUACUCUUCACAAGCUUUCUUAGGAGCAAUUUUAACUUGGACCCAUGAAUAUGGUGAGAUUUUACUUAUGGGAAGAAUUAAAUCCCUAAAUAACUGCAGUUUUGGUYACCUUCAGCUUUCAAAGCCCCACUCUGACAGCUCCGACAGCCGGAGGAAGGUUGGCUUUARGAUGGAUUUUGUUUUUGGCAGCAACAGCAGGGCCCUCUGGGUUAUGUCUCCUUUGCAGUGCCCACAGUCUCCCACAGGACAGUGACAUUCAGCUG